AUGUCCAUGUCUGCACCCAAUCACCACCACCACUGUGCAGAGGCCGCCCUCGCCAUCGCCACAGUCCUCGGCCUUGUCCCCUCGCCACUGACGCCAACCGCAGCCACGCCCGGCCGCGUCCUCGCCGCCCUUGCUGACGGCACCCUCCUGGUAGACCUCGCCGCCGCCCUCCCCCUCGCCUCGCCGCUGGCCCCGCACGCGGCUCCGGCCCUCGCCGACCCGCCACCGCACCUCGCCCUGCUUGCUGCCGCCGCGUCCACCGCCGCUGCCCACCUGCGCCCCUGGCUUCACACCCUCCCGCGCCCGCUCCCGCGCGAGCUGCCGGACUCCCGCCCCGAUCCGGCCGCGUCUGUCGACCUCGCUACCGCCCCGCUUGUCGGCCUUGCCGCUGCCCUCAUCGCCGCCGCACACAUCGUCCACUCGCCGCCCGCCCUCCGCCUCCCGCCGCCCCCCACCUCGCGCUCGCCUACCUCUGCUGUCGUCGACGCCGUCGCCGGCCUCUCGCCGACCGCCCGCGCCGCGCUCACUUCCGUCUUCACCGCCCACCUCGGGCCGGUCCUUGCUGCUCUCCCGCGCUCGACGCCCGAGCCCAAGCUGCCGCCACCGCCGGGCCCCGGGCUUGCCCGUGCCGUCGCCAUGCGCGCCGCCAUCAUCGACGUGCACGUCCGCGAGGCCCGCGGCCUGCGCGAGCCGCCGGCAUCGGCUGCCUCGGAGCUCCGCGACGGCGCCGUCCAUGCCUCCAUCCGCCUCCACCUCGUCCGUUCCACUCGCGCUGGCAUGCUCGUUGACACCUUGCUCGAGCCGGGCUCGUCCAACGUCGUCUCCCACGUCUACGAGACCGCCACUGUCGCCGCCUCGUGGGCGCCGUCGUACGACGAGCGCUUCGAGUUUGCCACCACCCACGUCGACGGCAAGGCCAUCCUUUUCCACGUCCUCCACCACUCGCACACCGCAGGCAAGAUCUUUCCCAUUGGCUGGGUCGUCCUCCCGCUCCUUGACGCCUUCCCGCACCCACUGCCGGGCGUCCGCGGCGAGUGGGACGGCUGGCUCGACAUCCUUCCGCUCGCCGCAUUUGACCGCGACGAUGACCGCGACUUUGAGGCAGACUCCUCGCCAGUUGCCCCCGUUGGCAAGCUCUCGCUCGUCAUCGGCCUCACCCUCGCCGGUGAGCCCGACUGCAGCUCGGCAGCAUCGUCAUCGUCUGCAGACUCGUCGCGGACUGACCUGCCGCACCCGGCCACCCUCGCCUUUCGCGCCGGCCUGCUCAGGGUCACCAUCCUCUCUGCUGCAGGCCUCCCCGCCAUGGACUACCGCGGCAUGUCAGACCCGUACUGUGAGAUGCACCUUGUCACUCAACUCCCGUCCUCUGUGGACGGCAACGUGGCCCCAUCCGCCAUCACGCUCACCCACACUACUCGGACCAUCGCCUCGUCGCUCGAGCCGGUCUGGGACCAGACGUUUGAGCUGGAACUCGACUCGCCGUCAUCGUUUCUUGUCUUUCGACUGUGGGACAAGGACCGCAACACCCGCGACCUCCUCGCCUUUGUCAUCGAGCCGGUCGUCACCCUCACCACCGACGUCCUCGGCAACGCCCGUGGCCGGUCCAAGCAAGUCUACCAGUUGCGCAUCCCGCCGUCAGUCCCCAAGGCCGCUGCUGCUGCCGCCGCACCCACCCUCACCGUUCUCUACGACUGGGCGCCCGAGACAGGCAUGGUGGCUUCGGCGUCGGGCACCCUCGUUGGCGCUCCCUCCAAUUUGAAUCUUGCCUCGCCUACGUCGUCGCCCUCGCCGCAGCCCGGCCGGACCAACGACCUCAAGUUUGCUCCCGACGAGCCCGCAUCUACCAAGUCCCACUUUGUGCCCGGCACGCUCUACGUCACUGUUGUCAACGCCGUUGAGCUCGCCGCCCGAGACUCCAGCGGAACCUCGGACCCGCUCGCCGUCGUCUUUCUCCUGCAUCCCGACUCGCCACCGCUCGACGCCUCGCGUACCGCCGCUGUCUCGCCCGAGAUCGCUGCCGCCACCUCAGGCAUUGUCUCGUUUGAGACUGAUGUCGUACCGCGGUCGUGCAAUCCGGUGUGGAAUGCUACCUUCCGCUUUGCCGUCGACGUUCCGGACUCUACCCUCCUCUUCCGCCUCUUUGACGAGGACACCAUGCGUCGCCAGUUCCUCGGCCAGGCCCAGCUCGACCUCGCCGAGCUGACCUCCUCCGCCGCCGCACUCGUUGUCCACAGUGACGGCGAGGAGAUCAAGCGUUGGCUCCCGCUUGGACCCAUGGACGCGCCUGCCUCCGACGCUCCACCCUCUCCCUCGGCCUUCCUCCCCUCGGGCUCGGUCCUCGUCAAGCUCCGCUACGCACCCGACCCGUCCGCCGUCAAGGCGCUCGCCGCUGCCACACACGCCGGGCCGGGCAAGGUCAUCGUCCACAUCCACGCCGCCAACCACGUUGUGCCGACACAAAUCGGUUUCCCCACCACCAAGGUCGAGGCGUGGGUAACUCGGACCGCCGGCGCCGGCGCCGGCACUGAGCUGCCAAAGCCAACAGACCGUGACGCGGUUGGUACGACUCGGACCGCCAUGCCGUCGCAUGCCCCACACUUUGGCUCGCACCUCGAGUUCAGCAUGCCGUCGGCCGAGGCUUCAGCCGCCUCGUACCUUCAUCUCCAGCUGCUGAACACCUCGGUCUCGCCGCCAGCUGUUCUCGGCGCAACCUCGCUCUCGCUGCGGCCGCUGAUGGCCCGCUUGCGGGUCGCCUCCGAGUGGUAUGCUCUUCAUCCGCCACCAGCAGCAGCGUCGUCGCCGGCCAAGGUCUCGGCUCGGUCACCUUCGCGGCUCCGCCCGACGGUGCCAUCUCUACAGCUCGGCCUCGAGUGGGCGGCCGCUGCCGCCACCGCGGCUCGCCCGGCUCGGGCCGGCGGCCCGCCAGCACGCACGACCGGCGCAGCUCUUCGGCCGACAGCCUUUGCUGGCUCCAUUCUCCUCGAUGACUCGAUGGUAUCCGGCCAUCUCGUGGUCAGCGUCGUCUCGUCCAAGUCCCUCGGUGUCUCGCUCGGCUUCCGCGGCAAUCGACACGUUGUGCUCGCGGUCGCCGAUGGCAACGGUCGCGAGCGCGAGAGCCACGCCACGCCGUCUGUGGCCAAGGUCGUCAAUCCCUCGUGGGGCUCGACGCACGUGUUUUCGACGCUCCCGCGGUAUGGCGCGCUUGUCGGCCGGGUCUACGACACCGACUCGCUAGGCGAGUCACUGCUCGGCACCUUCUCUAUCGAGCUCAUCAAGUUUAUCAACGCUGCCGGCACCACCAUCGACGACCUCGUUCGCCUCGUUCUCCCGGCCGAGGCGCAGCAGACCGCCGCGUUGCCGGAUAUGGCCACCGGCGCGCUACGGCUCAAGGUGGUGUACAAGACCUCGCCGGCGCCGGCCGCACCGGCCGUGGCCUCCUCGCUUCUGGAUGGCACCGGCGAAAGUGGCGAGCUUGUGCCAGGCUCACCGUUCCCGUCGGCCGUCCCAGUCCUGCCCCCGAUCGGCAUCUCGCCCAUUUCCGCGCGGUCGACCGAGAGUGGUACGCGUGGGUCGGCGCCGCCACCGACCCUCACACCGCAGCGGUCGUCGUCGCUGCAGCGCAUCACUGCGGCCUCGCGACAGCUGGCGUACCCCGACGCUGGGGCCGGAGCGCUCUCCGCGCUGGGCCAUCGCGCACAGCCGUGGCUUGCCGACCUCCGCAAACGGGUGACCCGGUUCUCCAAGACGGUGUCAGAGCUCUCGGGCGCCGCUCUGCUUGGUGCUAUUGGUGUCGAGACGCUCAAGGUGGCAGCAACGCUCUCGCUCCGUUCGCCGCUUGUCUUUGCGCAUGCUUUUGGUCUCGCGCUCGGUCCGCUGCAAUCGCUCCUGGAUGGGCUUCUCCCCGAGGCGGUGAGCCAGGUACAUGUGGCCGAUCUUGUCUCGGCACCCGGCAGCUCACAUGUCGUGCUGCGAGCGCGGCUUGACGACGAGUUGGCGAUCAUUGUCCUUGGGCUCACUCCGUUUGCAGGCCUCAGUCACGCCCAUACCAAGCUGUACGCAGCGCUCGGGGCGCUGGCCUCAGUAGCGGACUCGGACGUGGAGCGGGUGGUGACGGUCUAUCUCAACCAGCUCUCGCAUCCGAGCCUCUUUGGCGCCGCUGACCAGUACGCCGUCACAACCCGACUGACCGAGCUGCCGGAAAACGCGGCGGCGGGUGGGCCGAGCGACGAGGGCAACAACGGCCCGCUCCCGCUCGUCGAUGCCCACUUUGUCUGCCUUGACCGGUACGAGAGAACGCCCGGCGCUUCGCGGGCCAUGGGCAAGGACUUGGCCCGGCUACUUUACUUUAUCCUGCACUCUGAUGAGCACGGUCGGGUCGAGUCGUGGACCUCGCUCCUCCUCUCGCCGGAUGUUCUGGUUCUAGUCAAGGCGCUGUCACUGCUGGCAAUGGAGCCGGCCUUUGUCCACGCAGUGGCCAUGGACGAGCUGGUGGUCGUCGGAAGCAUCCAGACGGGAGAACAGCUCAUUGCGCUCAUGAGCGAAAGGUAGAGAAAGACUUUAC